CACACAUUGAUGUUUUGAUUCUUUUAAACUGAGAGCAGUUUCUCUUAUUUUGAAUUGGACACAAUGCCAGGAAAAUCGGAGCUAAAGAUAAAUAAAAAAUUUGCAGAAAAAUAUGACAAGUAUCGUCAGAAAGAAGAGUUACAGAAAUUGAAAGAUCGUUUCGGAGACCAGGAUGAAGAUGAAGAGAGCGGCUCCAGCUCGUCGGGCUCGGAAUCUGACGAGGAAAGUGAAGUGGAGCUGGAUCCCAAACUGGAGAGAGAUUUUUACCGGACACUCUCCCUCCUGAAGAAGAAAGACCCAAGGAUUUAUCAGAAAGACGCCAAAUUCUACGCAGAAGAAGCGUCGGGAUCAGACAGUGAUGAGAAGCCUUCCACGUCUAAGAAGGCGGAGAAGCCGAUGUACCUGAGAGAUUACGAACGUCAAGUGAUUUUAAAGAGGGGAGGAAAAUACGAGGACGAAAGCGAAGACGAAGAGAUGGACAGACGGAUUCAGGAGAGAGAGGCCUCCCCCAGCUACAUUCAGGAGCAGAGGGACCUGAAGGAAAGUUUCCGGAAGUUUGUGCAGGACAGCGAUGAAGAGGGCAGUGAGGAGGACGCUCAGCUGCUGAAGAAAAGGAUCAAAACGCAGGAGGAAAAGGACAAAGAGGAGGCGGACUAUGUGGAGUGGUUGAAGGGGCAGGCAGAGCUGGAGGAGAAAGAGGAGGUGCAGGACAUGAAAUAUCUCCGAGAUUACUGGAACGACCCCAAGCUGGACGAGAGGGAAUCUUUCCUCAGGGACUACAUCCUCAAAAAAGGAUAUCUGGAGGAAGAUGAAGACAGGAUUCCAACUUAUGACGAGGUGGUUCUGGAGGAGGUGGAGGACUCAGAGGAGGAGGGGGAGUCGUUUUUACAGAAACAGGAGGACUUUGAAAGACAUUACAACUUCCGCUUUGAAGAACCAGGAGCGCAGGAGAUUAAGACAUACCCCCGCAGCAUCGCGACGUCCGUCCGGAGCAAAGACGACCGCAGGAAGAGAAAGAGAGAGGAAGUGAAAGAAAGGAAGAAAAAGGAGAAGGAGCAGAAGCAGCAGCAGUUGAAAGAGCUGAAGAAUCUGAAGCGUGCGGAGAUUAUGGCGAAACUGCAGAAGCUUCAGGAAAUCACGGGUAACGAGCAGCUGGCGUUUAGUCACGACAACCUUGAGGGCGACUUUGACCCCGCGCAACACGACCAGCUCAUGCAGAAGUUUUUUGGGGAUGAGUACUACGGGAAAGAUGAGGAGGAGAAGCCACAGUUUGACGAUGAUGAAGAGUUGGAGGGUCACUGGAACUGGGACACGUGGACAGGAGAGGGAGAGGAAGAGGAGGGUUAUGGAGAAGAUGAAGAAUAUCAAGGAGAGGAGCAGGGAGAGAGCUACGAGCCCAACUUUGAAGAUCCAGACUUUAUCAUGGAUGCUGAUUAUGACCCCAGCCAGCAACCCGUUUCAAAGAAAAAGAAAAGAAAGAUGGAUAGAGAGGAGAGGAAGAGGAUGACAAAAGAGGAUGUGCCGCUCAUGGGAAAAAAGAGGAAGAAGUCUCAUUUUGCUGAGAUCAUCACCAAAAGCAAGCCCGUCUUUGACCCAGAGGAGAAAACGUUUGAACAGUACCUGGAUGAGUACUACCGUUUAGACUUUGAAGACGUCAUCGACGACCUGCCCUGCAGGUUCCGAUACAGACAGGUGGUCCCCAACGAUUUCGGACUGACGACGGACGAGAUCCUGAAGGCUGAUGAGAAGGAGCUAAAUCGUUGGUGUUCACUGAAGAAAACUUGCAUGUACAGGUCUGAGAAAGACGAACUGUGUGAUGUGAAGAACUACAAGAUUAAAGCCCAGAACAUCAGUAAGAAGAAGAGUGUGCUCCUGUCAGUCUAUAACGAAGAGCAGGAGGAUCAGGAACCAGCAGGGGGCAAGUCCAAGGUCGGAAAAAAGAGAAGAGAUCGAAUGAAAAAGGCUGAGGCGGAGAAGGAGAAGAAGAAAGCUGAGGCUGAGGAGGAGACCGAGGAGAGUCAAGACGCCCUGACCGCAGACACCACGGAGGAGCCUGUUCUCACCGCCCUCAGGGAGGACCAGGAGGAAGAGGACGAAUUCCUGGUGCCCAAGAAAAAGCAGAAGACCGAGGAGGAGGCGGUGGAAUCCAGAGAAGAGGCGCCAGACCUCCAGAAAACGGACAACGAAGCGGAGCAGACGUCUGAAGACGCUGGACACAAGGCACCGAACGCCGAGAGAAAGAAAAAGAAAGCGGACGAAUUCCACAAGGCAGUCAGCGAGGAGGUUCCCGAACCCAGGACUGUGGAGUCAUCCAAAGCCAGGACUGAAACGUCGAAAUGGCCCAAGAAGAAAAACAGGCGCCCAGGCGGACGCCUGUUGUCCAGGUCCUUCAAGGUGAAAAUGGGAGGCAGAGAGUUCAGUGGACAAAGACUCAAAGCUUAUGGACUGGACCCUAAGAAACUUCACUUCAGGGAGCUCUACAGGCAGAAACAGAAACAAAAAGAGAAGAAAGAAAAGCAAAAAAACACAAGUAAAGAGUAAAGGAGGGGGAAAACACACACACACACAGCUAAACAGGAGUCUUCAAACUGUAAUGAUCUAGCCCCUGGUACUUAUUUGGCUCAGGAUUUGUAAGUUUUCUUUGAUGCAGUAAUGUUAGCUGGAGCUAUGAUGGUGAUUCAAUAAGUAUGGCUAAAGUUGCUAACGUUAUGACUUAUCCAAACCUGUAACGAAGUUCGCAAUUACUUUUAUGACAUGGUCAAAAGAUAA